CCGUCCCAGGCAGUUUUGAAGUUUUCAAAGACCAUCUCUGCUGUUAAGAAUCUGUGCUGAAAGCUGAAGAUCGAAGCCAUUUGCCAAAAUGUGUAAAGGACUUGCAGCUUUGCCCCACUCAUGUCUGGAAAGGGCCAAGGAGAUUAAGAUCAAGUUGGGAAUCCUCCUGCAGAAGCCAGACUCCGCUGGGGACCUCGUCAUUCCAUACAAUGAGAAGCCGGAGAAGCCAGCCAAGACCCAGAAACCCUCGCUGGAUGAGGCCCUGCAGUGGCGUGACUCCCUGGACAAGCUCCUGCAGAGUAACUAUGGACUUGCCAGCUUCAAAAGCUUCCUGAAGUCUGAGUUCAGUGAGGAAAAUCUUGAGUUCUGGAUUGCCUGUGAGGAUUACAAGAAGAUCAAAUCUGCUGCCAAGAUGGCUGAGAAGGCAAAGAAAAUUUAUGAAGAAUUCAUCCAAACUGAAGCUCCUAAAGAGGUGAAUAUCGACCACUUCACGAAGGACAUCACUAUGAAGAACCUGGUUCAGCCUUCUCUGAGCAGCUUUGACCUGGCUCAGAAAAGAAUCCAUGCCCUGAUGGAAAAGGAUUCCCUGCCUCGCUUUGUGCGCUCUGAGUUUUAUCAGGAAUUUAUCAAGGCAAUUUAGUAGGGCUCUGAAAAUUAUCCUGCAAGUUAGUUCUUUAAUAGUAACCCGCAAUUUUAAGUAACCACCAUAUCUUCCCACAGCAGCUUUGCUCCAAGAUACUCCGACAGGGAAAUUCCUGGGAGCAUUCCUUACUCAUUCUGCACACAUUGUUUAAAGGGUUAGCUAUCGUCCAAAUGCGCUCCUUUCCCAGUGCUGACGUGCCCCAUUUUAAAUUAAGCUCUACUCAGCUUGCUGUUGGCAGCAUCAUAAAUCAAAGAAAUAAAAAACAAGAAUAUGAUAUUAUUGAAUAUGGGACAAUUUGACUUGGGUUGUGGAUCGCCACCUAAAUUGGACAGGAAGGAGUAAAUAGAUGUGGAAAAACUAAGGUUAAGAGUAAUUAAUUGUCUUAGCUAUUUCUUUAAUUCUCAUGAGGGGUGGAUGGAAAUCAUCUCUAAAUUUUUUCUGGUGAAAUAUUUGGUUUUUAAAAGAAGUAUAUUAUUCAGAGUACUGAUAUUCCCCUCAAAGUAUUUUCAUGUCAGCUAGAGGGUUAUAAGUGGAGAUAUGACCACAAAUAUAUUGCAUAAAUCAAUCUAAAGACAAACUGCAUUGCAUAUACUUCCUUUAUCUCUAACAAUGUUACUAAUUUAAAUCAAUGAAAUCAGA